GGUACCAGUUUGGCGACGUGACGAGGGGCCUGAUCUCUGGCGCCGUCAGUUCCGUCGCGGACUCGGUGCGAGAGGUCAGGCACAACGCGGCGAACUGCAAGCUCAAGCUGCAGGAGACCGUCGAGCAGAAGGCCAGAGAGCAGGUCAGCAACCUCUUGUCAAAGGACAGCGAGGCCGAGGCCUCGGAGGCGCGCGCCGCGCCCGUGCCGCUCUCGGAGCGCUGGUGGUACGAGGCGUGCCGGAGCGCCCACCGGAGCCACGACCCCGAGGACGACGCUCCCCGGUGGCACGACGGCGGCGGCUGCGGCGGCGAGCCUGGGGGCCGAGGCCACCUGGAGGUCUGCUUCCUCUCGGCCAGCGUGCCGGGAGGGCGGCUGCCCGUGUGCCAGCUGUCCCUGGGCGACCGCCAGUCCGGGGGGCUCCGGCCGCAGCGGCCGCCCGGCGGCGGGGCCGAGGCCGACGACGACGCGGAGGGCCAGCCGCCGGUCAGCUCGGCGCGCUUCCUCGUGCAGGAGGCUGCGGGCUGCGACCUGAGAGUGAACGUGUUUGAGGGAGCCAGCACCAGGUUCAGAGCCGGGUUCGAGCACGACGCCUUCUACGGCGGGUCGUUCUUGCCGCUGUCGCUGGUGGUGCGCCGCGGCCAGCGGUGCAAGCCAGACGCGGCUCAGCCGCUGUCCGCCGCCUGGGCGGCCGAGUUUGACCUGAACCUGUUUCCGCUGGAGCUGGUGCGCCUCAAGACGAAGCUGGAGCCUGCCAGGCCCGGGAGCCUGCGGCGCCCCGAGGCGGCGCUGGGCUUCGUCGGGCUGGGCGUGAGGCUCGUGCUCCGCGCCGAGCCCUCCUGGGCCGCCCCCAUUGCACUGCGGGUGGAGGAUCCCUUCCUGGGGGCGCAGCGGCAGGCCGCCUUCGAGAAGGUGAGCGAGCCCUUGACCCUCAUCAGGGAGGCGUGCCGCCGGCCCCCGAGGCGGGCGCCACCCUGGAGCGCUGCGGCCGGGCCCUCGCCUUCGACCGCCACGCGGCGCUCCUGGAGGAGCUCCGGCAGCGGCCCGCCGCCGCGGCGGCGCUGCACGUGUGGUGGGCGUGCCUGUCGCUGGCGGCGCCGCUCUGGGCCUGGCCGCCGCUCUUCGCCGCCGUCCUGCCGCUCUACGCCCUCAGCCUGCGGGCCGCGCGGCCCGAAGGGGACGAUCGAGGAGGGCA